AUGAGGCUGAUAAUCCAGGCAGCAGCACUGAUUAGUGUGAUUCAGGCAUGGGUCAUGUUCAUGCACCAGAGAGUUGUUCGUCGUGCUGGGAGACCUUUGAUCCGCUAUGGUUCACUGCUUGUCGAGACCUUCAGGAGCAGGGGGCUGCUGCAAGAUAGCAUCAACACCAGUGUCGAAGAGCAAGUGCCCAUGUUCCUCCAUGUUGUUGGCCAUAACCAGAGGUUCAGGGUCAUUCACAACACGUUCAGGAGAUCAAUGGAGACCAUCUCUAGGUACUUUAAGCAGGUGUUUUUUGCUAUUGGGGAGCUUAGAGGCGAGAUGAUCAGGAGACCAUCUGGUCAGACUCCACCCAAGAUUCGCGGAAGCCUAAGAUGGUAUCCAUACUUCAAGGAUUGCAUUGGGGCAAUAGAUGGUACUCAUGUCACUGCCAGAGUUCGUAGGUCACAGUCUGCAGCAUACAGGGGGAGGAAGCACUACACAAGCCAGAAUGUGCUUGCUGCUGUUGACAUUGAUCUGAAGUUCACAUAUGUGUUGGCUGGCUGGGAGGGGUCAGCGCAUGAUGCUAACAUUCUCAGUGACAACAUGAGUCGACCUGAUGGGAUCAACAUCCCCGACGGCAAGUUCUACCUUGGAGAUGCUGGCUAUGCAUGUCGGCCGGGUAUUCUUCCACCCUUCAGGAAAACCAGGUACCAUCUCAACGAGUUCUCUGGUAGGAACUAUCCUAGGACUGCACAGGAGCUGUUUAAUCUCAGACACUCCAGCCUUAGAGUAACUGUUGAGAGGGCAUUUGGAGCUCUGAAGAAUAGGUUUAAGAUCCUGGAUCAGAAGCCAUUCCACCCAUACUCCACUCAGAUUAAGCUAGUUCUUGCUUGUUGCAUUCUGCAUAACUGGAUCCUCCAGUGGGGCUUUGAUGAACACGUGCAUGAGGAGGAAGAGGUUGAGCCUGACGAUUGUUAUCUCUGGCCAUGGUGA